AAUUAAAAUGGCUUUGAAUCUUCAAACAAGCUUUCCUAUAAAUUUGUAACCAAUAUUUGGAUGUUCUCCAGCGUUUUACCUAGAUAUAACCCAGAGAAAAAAAAAUAAAAAAGAAAGAAAGAAAAGGGGUGAUGGGCUUGCGUUGUAUGUUUAAGGAGCUUGCUCUGUUUGCAGUGAAGUUAACAAUUAUAGCAACCUCAGUAGCAGCUCAAGCAAAACCCGGUUGCCAAAGCAACUGCGGAAAUAUCAGCAUCCCAUACCCUUUCGGAACAGACAGUCCUGGUUGUAAUAUCAGUGAUGACUUUUAUAUCCGUUGUGACAACACUGUCAUCCCCCCAAAAGCAUACUUAACAACAAGCAAUAUUGAAGUUCUCAACAUCUCUGUGGAUGGUUAUUUGCGCAUCCUUGGUGCGGUAGGUUAUGCCUGUUACAAUUCAUCAGGACGCAGUUCAGAUUUCGGUAUGUGGAUGACGCUUUCGAAAUUCCCCAUAUCUCAUUCCAGAAAUAAGUUUACAGCCAUUGGUUGUGACACCUAUGCUUUCAUACGAGGUUCCCUCGGACAUAAAUAUUCAACAGGAUGUGUAAUAUUCUGUAAUGAUCCUGCCGAUGUGAUAAAUGGAUCUUGCUCUGGCAUUGGCUGCUGCCAGACUGCUAUCCCAAAAGGAGUGAGGAGUUACAAUUUAAGUUUUCUUAGUGGUGACUUCCAUUCCGAUGUAUUGAGUUUCAAUCCAUGUAGCUAUGGAUUUGUUGUGGAGGAUGGAGCCUAUAACUUCUCUGUUUCAGAUCUUAACGAUACUAAUUUCAGAUACAGGGAAGUCCCAUUUAUUCUUGAUUGGGCAAUCGGGAAUCAAAGUUGCAAAGAAGCUGAAACGGAUCCAGAAAAUUAUGCUUGUAAGGAUAAUAGCUACUGUAAUGAUGCAGCAAAUGGCCCUGGAUAUUUGUGCAAGUGUCUUGAUGGUUUCCAGGGUAACCCUUACCUCUCCCAUGGUUGCCAAGAUAUUAAUGAAUGUGACACACUGAAGCCUUGCAAUGGAACAUGUCACAAUGUACUUGGAAGUUAUAAUUGUUCAUGUCCUGAGGGGUUUGAGGGUGAUGGCCGGAAAAAUGGAACAGGCUGCAGGCCUAAAGUCAGUCCGCACCGUCGGAGUUUUCCGAUCCCUGUUGUUGCACUAGGUAUUGGCAUUGGCUUAUUUGCCCUCCUCUUGGGCAUUACACUGACGUUUUUGAUGCUCAGACAAAGACAGAUUGCUAAACUAAGAGAAAAAUACUUUCGGCAAAACGGUGGCAAUUUGUUGCAAGAACACCUUUCCCAACGUGAAGGGUGCGGUGAAAAGGUUAAAGUAUUUGCAGCUGAAGAACUCGAGAAGGCGACCAACAGUUACCAUGAAAGUACAUUCUUGGGACAAGGAGGACAGGGCACGGUUUACAAAGGAACAUUACCGGAUGGUCGAGUGGUUGCCAUAAAAAAAUCAAGAAUAGGAGAUCAUAGCCAAGUUGAACCAUUCAUUAAUGAAAUAACUGUGCUCUACCAAAUCAACCACAGGAAUGUUGUCAAACUCCUAGGAUGUUGUUUGGAGACACCGGUUCCUUUAUUGGUUUAUGAAUAUGUGACUAAGGGAUCCCUUUUUGACCAUAUGCACAAUGUUGCUGCUCCGUUUCUGCCAUGGGAAGCUCGUUUGAAAAUAGCCACAGAAACGGCAGAAGCCCUUUCUUAUUUGCAUUCUGCUGCUUCUAUUCCAAUAAUUCAUCGAGACAUCAAGUUGGCAAACAUACUCUUAGAUGACAAUUACACGGCAAAGGUUUCUGAUUUCGGAGCUUCGAGAUUGAUCCCAUCCGACCACGCACAGGUAAUUACAAUUGUGCAAGGAACUUUUGGUUAUUUGGAUCCUGAAUACAUGCAUACAGGUCAAUUGACAGAAAAGAGUGAUGUCUAUAGCUUUGGGGUUUUACUCAUAGAGUUACUAACAGGACAAAAGGCGGUUUGUUUUAAAAGAUCAGAAGAAAAGAAACUUUUGGCUGUGUACUUUGUUUCUUUGAUGAAAGAGGAGCGGCUGCUAGAAAUCCUCGAUCCAAGGGUGCUGAAUGAUGGUAACAUUGAGCAUCUUAAAGAGGUAGCAGCCUUAGCUUGGAGAUGUGUGAGAGUGAAGGGAGAGGAAAGGCCGACUAUGAAGGAAGUUGCCCAUGAAUUAGCAGGAAUGCAAGCAAUGGAGAGACACCCUUGGGGUAAAAGCAAUUUACAUGCAGAAGAAACUGAAUACUUGCUUGGUGAAUUACGCAGCACUUACACUGAUGGUGCAACUAACAGCUCAAUGGGAUAUGACAGCAUAAAUAAUCAAGUCCCAUUUGAACUUGAAGGUGCACGUUGACAGUAUAAAAUGUCCUGUUCUAGAAUGUUUCUUGGUUCCAUUUCGUAUGCCAUCUUUCUAGUUUUAAGCUGUUUGUUUCUUGUUUUCUUUUACCUGGUUGAGAGUAAUCGUAUCAUUAAAUGGCCUAUUGUGAAUGUAAUGUAAUAAUCAGCUAUGUAUGAAAGCAGUUACUCCCAUGUAAUUUCUAUGUUCAUUCGUCAUUUCCCUGAAAAUUUAUGGUAUUGUCAUCUGAGGUCUGAACUCUCGAUUUCGUUAAACAUGUUGCUAUAGGAUAUGUCCUUUAGAUUCAUCUUAAAUGUAAUAGAAAUCAUCAUACUUAUGGUCAAACAGGAUUGAUUCG